UCGCGCACGGCUCCAAGUGCAAGCAGAUAUAGUAAACGGUGUUCGUUCGUGUCGAGUGGAGCUGUCUUUCUUCCGUGACGUGUUCCGUGACUUGUUUACCUUCUUCCAGAGCCGCGUCUUGAGCCCGCUUCGCCUUCAGAAGUCUUCAUCGGUUCGCCUUCGCAAUCGAUUUCUGUGCCCGUUCUUUGUGUUGAUGUGACUGGCGGCGUGGUCCCGACCGGAUUGCUCUCAUCUCGACCACAUCCUGGUCAGUAACUCCAUCCACCCCAGCCUCCUGAGUCGGGAGUUCCGGGACGUUUUUGUACUUUCGCGUUGCCGGCAAAAAGGAAUUCGCCUCUUUCGUGGUUUUCCGUUCGCUUUAGAUCCACGGAUCCCACACAGCCGCGGUGGCCUGGGUGCAGAACUCCACCAAUUCCGGUUUCGCGACUUCCCAUCGGUUCCAAGUGGACUCUCUACCGGUUUUGGGCCUGGGAGCAGUGAGGAGACAUCGCUCCAUCGAAUGCGUUCAUUAAAAAUUGGAAAUUAAAUUUCGAAUCUUGGCUGCUCAGCGCUCUUUCGCCAAAGUGUGCCAGUGUCACAGAGUAACGGAAUUGUGCGUCUUGACAUAAAUUUGAAGAAAUUAUUAUUGAAGCUGGUUAAUUAGUGAUUUGGAAAAGUGCGUUGCCAUUCGGCAGCGAGAUAUCGGAUUCGCCCGCAGCUGAUAGCGGAAUAUACAAUUAGGGAAUUGCAGAGUUGCCACAGAGGAGGCUUCGCGGCAAGGAUUCCUUCCACCACGUGGUCGGGAACGAAAGAUAUUUUUGUUCGGAUGCGCUCAAAUGAAAACAGAUCUUGGCAGUGUUGCAUGCGAUUUACAGAGUGAAGAUAGCUUUAGUGGAGACUACAGCUAAGCAGCAGUCAUUCAUCCAAUUCCGUGGUAAAUCAAGAGGGUUCCAGCGAAUAUAUCACAUCAAGGGAGGCUGCACAAUUGAUUGGAAGAAAAUUGAAUUGAUCAGUCACCAAGAUGCAUUGUGGGGUGGAGUCGAUGAAUGAUUGUGAAAGGUCACCAAAUCGCACUGGCCUACGUGUCAAUUUUAGCGAUAAGGGGGAGGUCAAAGAACGACGUGAGAAGUUCUUAACCGCUAAAUAUGGAUCACAUCAGAUGAGUCUAAUACGGAAGCGACUGGCUGUGGAAAUGUGGCUCUACGAUGAGCUGCAAAAGUUGUUUGAUCCGCCUACUGAAGCCAUUGAUGUGGACAUCGAUGAAAUUUUAGACAUGGAUACCGAUGAUGUGAGGAGAUCUCAUCUUGUUAGCUUGUUAUCAGAUUGUAAGCGACCGCAAAAAGACAUAUCGAAAUUCAUCAGUGACCUCCUCGAUCGAGCAAAGACGUUGUAAAUAUUGCAGAGGGCUGAUCGUAUCAUUACGUAUAUUUAAUUUAUAGUUUUAUAUUUUCCUUAAGAGUAAAAUGGAAGUGAAAUCAUGCAAUAUAUGAGCUCUAAUAUAGGAAGCAUACAAUGUGGUUCUACCGACAAGUAAAUGUUAAUCAUAGAAAUAAUGGAUAGUCAUAUACUCGAAAAUUGCAACAAAACUAAAAAUCAACACAAAUAUUCUCAACGUCGAGUUGCUUUAAGUUACACAUUUUGUUAAAAAUAGACCUAGUGGAAUACGUAUGUCAUUUUUACUGCAUUAAGUGGAUCUGUUCGCCUAGUUUGAAGAUAUGUGUAUGCAGAUCUGAAUCAGGAAUAUCAUCCAAAGAUUAUUCUCAAUUUGAUGGCCUAGGCUGGCCUACUGCCAAAAUAAUAAUUAUGUUUUUAGUGGAGUUAGAUUUUAAAAUAUUUAUAAAGCCAAAUUGUCAUCAAGUCUUUGCGCACGAUUAAUUUCUGCUUUCGAGAUGGCUGCUAAUCGGUUGCUCAAUAAAUAACAAAGGUUUUUGUAUAACGUCCCGUUGUGUUGUUUUGAUAUUUGUAACACGUGGUUUUCGGUUAUUCUACUAAACAGAAACAGAAUCUGACAUAAACGAUAUCAAAGAUUUUACCCCGUGAACACAUUCGAUUUCCGAGAUCUAUCAGGAUUUUUUGCAGAUUUAUUACUCACACGCAACGUCCGUCUGAAAAUUAACGAAAACAAAACAUUUUUGAUACAAACGAGGUUUUUGAAUAUUAAACAAUUUGAAUCAUAUUCACGGAAAUAUGAGAUGGAAUUUCUUUCGGAAUAGUGCUAUUUUGUAAUCAGCAAAUUAGUCGCAAACUUUUCAAAAUUAACAUGGAAAACGAAGAAAUGAUCAAAACACAUAAGAUUGCAUAAUAAUGGAGUGAAAUUUAUUUUGCAUCAACUUUACAUCAUAACACAUGACUUAGACAUAGUGCGAUAUUUUGUAGCUGUAAUCAAUAGCAUUUUUAUAGAUAAUUGCAUGGAAAUACACAGAGGAAAAUGUUCAUAAAAAUUUGAAGAUAUUAUCCGAUAAAUAUUCAGUAGGUGCUAAGAUUGUGAAUUUUGAAUCGAUGUGAGCAAUUUUUAGUAUUUAAAAUCACCAAUAAAAUAUCAUUUUGUUGAAGGCUUUUUGACAUA